AGAAAAACGUUUUUUUCAGCCGCCUGAGCGUUGCUCUCUCUGUGAGCAAAAACGUGACCCACAAGAUCAAGCGAAUGGAGUGAGGCAUUGUGGGUAAAGCGUCCAGAAGCACGUUGGAGAUCCAGCAUGGCAGGGAAAAACAAGAGGAAACUGGAGGAUCUCAGUGUAGAUGAGUUCCUGUUGUCUGGAUUUGAUCACUUUGCGGGGGACGAGUCUGGCGAUGAAGAUGAUGCUGACUUUGAAGAGGACAGAACUGAGGGACAAGCUGAAUCUCAGGAGAAUGGCAAAAAGAAGGGCAAGGCCUCUGAACACAAAUCCCAGCUCUCCAGAUUAAAGGACCGGGAUCCAGAAUUCUACAAGUUCCUGCAGGAGAACGACCAGACGCUUCUGAAUUUUGAUGACACAGACAGUUCAGAGGAUGAAGAGGAACAGAAAUACCACAAGCUCCCUUCUGAACUGGAGGAUGCCAGUUCUGAAGAGGAGGACCUUGAUGAAACGGUUGAAAAGAAGUCCAAGAAGUCUGCCGACAAGACGACCAAAGUCACAGCUAAGAUGAUUGAGAAUUGGAGAACAGCGAUCAGGAAAGAACCAUCUGCACCUUUGAUAAGGGACAUCACACAAGCCUUUAAAGCUGCAGUUGCUACUGCAAAAGGAGCCAGUGAAAGUGACUGCCGUUAUGAAGUGACCGACAGUUCAGUAUUCAAUACACUCAUCCUGUUCUGCAUAAAGGAUAUGCAUGGAGCCCUGAACAAACUUCUAGUGCUAAAAGCCCAACCCAAAGACCAAAAUAAAUUAGUAUUGCCAUCGUCAAGUGUCAGGUGGCAGAAAAAUCAGCUUGAUAUUAAAAUGUACCUGAGUGGGCUUGUCCAGCUUUUAUCCAGCCUAACCCAGGCAACAGUCACGGCUGCAGUUCUCCGCCAUGUCAACCAGAUGGUGCCCUACUACCUGUGUCUGCCGAAACAAGGCCGGCAGCUGCUGAAGCAACUGAUAAAGCAGUGGAGCACUGGUGAAGAGACCGUACGAGUGCUGGCCUUUCUCGCUCUCAACAAGAUGUGCCGUCACAAGCAGAACGUUUAUCUCAACCCCGUCCUCAAGCAAAUGUACAUCUCCUAUGUCCAGAACUGCAAGUUUACCUCCCCGAACUCGCUGCCCAUCAUAAACUUCAUGCAGCGCACCCUAGCUGAGAUGUACUCUCUAGACACACAGGUUUCCUACCAGCACGGUUUCAUCUACAUCCGCCAGCUCGCCAUCCACUUACGAAACGCAAUGAACAUGAAGAAGAAGGAGACGUAUCAGUCAGUGUAUAACUGGCAGUUUGUACACUGUCUCUAUCUGUGGUGUCGGGUUCUGAGCACCAUCUACCCCAGUGAUGUGCUGGAGCCACUUAUCUACCCUUUGUGCCAGGUCGUCACCGGCUGCAUUAAGUUGGUUCCCAUUUCUCGGUAUUAUCCCUUACGGUUACACUGCGUCAGAGCUCUCAUCCUGCUUUGCAGCACCACCAAGACCUUUGUGCCAGUGCUGCCGUUCCUGCUGGAGAUUCUUCAGCAGGAGGACUUCAAUAAAAAGCCUGGACGCAUGAGUGUCAAACCCAUUAACUUUGCUGUUGUUCUCAAACUCAGCAAGACCCACUUGCAGGAGAAAGCUUUCAAGGAUGGUCUGAUUGAGCAGCUGUAUGACCUGAUACUGGAGUACUUGCACACCCAGGCCAACUCUGUUGGCUUUCCUGAGCUUGCCCUGCCCACCAUCAUAGAGCUCAAAGCUUUCCUGAAGAAAUGCAAAGUGGCCAAUUAUUGCAAGCAGAUUCGCCAGCUGCUGGAGAAGGUACAGGAGAACUGCAGCCACAUCACAAGCCGGAGACAGAAGGCUGCUUUUGGCGUGGCUGACACUAUGGCUGUGGUGGCUUGGGAGAAGGAGGUUGCAGAGGAAGGAACGCCUCUCACUAAGUACUACAGCCAGUGGAAGAAGCUCCGAGAGAAGGAGAUUCAGCUGGAGAUUUCUGGGAAGGAAAGAAUGGAAGACUUAAACCUCCCUGAAAUCAAGCGCAGAAAGAUUGAGGAGAAGAUUCAUCAGAAGAUUAAAGAUAAGAAGCAGUUUAGGGAUCUCUUUGACUCAGACAGCGAGUCAGAUGAUGAUCUCGUGCGCAAGAUAAAAGAUGCUGAUGAGGUUAAUGAAGGCCUUGAAGACCCCUCAGAUAUGAGUGGUGAUGAUGAUGAUGAAGAUGAGGAUGAUGCUUCAGAAGGGGAGGGAGACUCAGAAGGCAACGAUGAUGAACCUUCUACUUCAACCAGAAAAGCACCCAAGCAGGUGUCCAGCAAGGAUCUGAAGCAGCUGGCUGAGGGAGAUGAGGACAUGGUGGAAGACCUGGAGCUUUCUGACCUAGACUGAAGGCUUCACUUGGAUAUAAAUGCAAGCAGAGACUGGACUUGGAGAUAGUUUGAUGCAGAGAUGCAUCAUGUGAUUUAAUAAAUAUUACAGGUGUCUUUAGGAUCAAAGCUUCUAUAUUUCACAUUAAUACACAAGAUGUGUAUUUGAGUUCUGAAUUUUUACAUGCCUCUUCAAUGUUGUAUUAUAUAUAUUGUCUAAACAAUAUAUUGUGAACUAUGUGUAAAAUCA